AUGAAAAGUGAGAUUGAAAUUGAACUUGGAGCCGAUGAUCCAUUGAGUAAAAGCACCGCUAGAUUAUCUAUUUGUCAAGCCGAUAUGGAAGAAGAAACAGAAGGUAACCAGAAUCCACGAUUACAAGUACGGGAAUUGUUGCAAAGGGAAAAAGAAAGUAUACAAAGGCGUGAUUCUGCAGUUUCGUUAAAUUCCUUUUUAGAAGAAGACGAAGAAAAUGAUCAACAACAACUGCAACUGCAACAACAACAUUUACUGCCGAAAAAGAAAAGUAGAAGCAAAAAAGCUGCUGAAAAGAGAAGAAGAUCAUCUGCUCAUUCCUUUAGUAUUGCUCAACAACAACCACCGCUCAAACGAGAAAAGGUCCACAAACGAAAAUUGAAAAAAAGACUACAACCACCAAAUAUCGAAUUGCUUCUUGAUAAAUCCGAAGAAAAUCUGAAUAAAGACUCAGAAUUGAAGCGAUUUCCAUUCAGAAACUUAAGACUGUUGAUAUUAAAAGUUUUUAAUGUGCCAGGAACCAAUAACCUAAAGUGGUGUAACAUUGAAAAUAGCGAGAAAAUACCAACUGUAUGUGUUUGUUUAGUACCAGGGUUGCAGUUGGAGGAAAAUUUAGCGGAAACAGCAGAUAAUGGCCUUCAAUCAAGCAAAGAAAAACUGAAACAACAAUGUGCAAUUUCAAAUUUGAAAAGAAUUGAUCAAUUGUCUUUUAUAUUUGACAAUUUUACCAACUUUAUUAAGCUGUCAUCUCCGGGUAGUAAAGAUUCAAUUUUUCUGUCAUUGCAAACUCUUCUUAACGUCCCAUUAACAAAAAAUGAAAAGAACUCUUUAUUGCGGAAACUGAAAGCGACAAAAAUCACAAUUAAAGAUUUAUUAUUGACUGAGCAACAAUUGAAAACAUACAACUAUCCAACAACGCUAGUUGAUUCGACUUGGAAAGCAACUAAAGAUUUGUAUAAUACUGAUUCAAAUAAUAACGAGAAAUCCGAUUCAGAAACUCGAAAAAGCAGAAUUUAUGCGUUGGAUUGUGAGUUUUGCAAAGCUGGUGCCAAACAAGUACUAACUCGUAUUUCUUUACUUGAUUUUGAGGCCAAAGUUGUAAUGGAUGAAUUGGUUAAGCCCAAGGAAGAAAUCACCGACUAUGUCACUAAAUACUCUGGUAUCACUGAAGAAUUAUUAAGAGAUGUAACAACCACCAUUGAAGAUAUACAAAACUUAUUUGUGAAUACAGUUUCUCAACAAGACAUAUUGAUUGGACACUCAUUAGAAUCCGAUUUAAAUGUAAUGAAGAUCAAACAUGACAAUAUUGUUGAUACAUCUAUUAUAUAUGAACAUAAUCGGGGACCUCCUAGUAAACCAUCAUUAAAAUCGUUAGCUGAAAAACAUUUGAAUCGACAAAUACAAGCUGGAGAAGGGCAGGGGCUUGGACAUUCAUCAAUCGAGGAUGCGAAAGCGUGUUUAGAUUUGGUUAAAUUGAAGAUUAUUGAAGGAAAGUUAUUUGGAGUCAAUGUGGGUGAGGUUUCUAUAUUUCAACGCCUAUCAGAAAACCCAAAUUAUAAUGCUGGUGGUGAAGUCAACCCUUCUAGUGACACAGAUGGUAACAAUACAUUUAAGUCGCUAUUGGUAUCAUAUGGUCAAACUAGAGAGUAUGAUAUCAACCCAGACGAAAAGUAUGAUUUGACAAAAAUUAAUGUUACAAACGACGACGAAGCUGUCGAGAAUUUUGUUAAAGAAAUUCAUUCUAAAAAUUUUGCUGUUAUUAAUUUGAGAGAUUCAGAAUUCAACAAUAAAUGGAAUACUCCACCAGAUUAUUAUAAGGGCGAUUUGGAUUACAAUCAAAUGGAGUCAUAUAAACGAACGAAUCAAAGGCUCGAAAAAAUUUAUCAAAGUUUACCUGAUCACUCAUUAUUGAUUUGUUACUCUCAACUGGGGGACCCACGAGAAAUGUUUAAAUUGCAAGGUGUUCGACGUAAUUUCCAAAAAUGUGAGAAAGAAGGGAUUGUUGAUGUAACAAAAUUGCCUGAGGAAGAGUCUUGGACUUUUACAAAAUCCGAAAAGUUGCUUGAGCAAACAUCUUUGGCUAGAGAAUCAUUGAUGUUUAUAAAAAUAAAACCGUCAAGUGAUACUGGGAGUUAUAGCAUUAACAAUCUAUCUACUGAAACUAUUACUUCUGUCACACCAGAAAUUAGUGGUGGUGGUGGUGGAAGCAGUAGUAGUAACAAAGAUAUAGAAUAA